AUGGAGCGCCGAGCAUCGAGGCGUUUGGAUGUGUUUCCCUCCACUCUUGGAGGCUUCGGAGGCCUCCUUGGACCUCCGGGGACCUCCGAUGAGGACAUUCGUACCUCAUCGCCGCUCUGCGCAUCGAAUGUCGAGGGUCGCGGACUCCGUUGCCCUUUGGCGUGCGAUUCCGUAGCCGUUUUGGCUCAAGUCCUGUUGUCGCCGCACAUUUUACGCCCUGAGUUUUGCCAGUGCCGGAGGCGCCCCUUGCCCACAGCAAGUCGCACCACCAUGCCGGAGCUGAUGUCAAUCGUGAAAACCCCGAAGGAUGCUUUCAUGGGCAUGGUCGACAAGGGCGUGUCGAUGGGCGGCGACUCGUCCAUCAAGAUCUUCCACCAGUCCUUCUACGCGGGUUGCUACAUUGGCUUCGGGGGCAUGCUGUCGAUGGUGGUGGCUGGCGGGCUGGACAGCGCAGCCCAGGACAACCCUACCAUUCAGACCUUUGUAUUCGCUGCCCUCUUCCCUGUGAACCUGCUACUCAUCCUCCUCUCAGGUGGGGUGCUGAUCACAGGUACAGCCGCGACCGUGCCUGCCGCGGUGUUUGAAGGCAAGCUAAACCGGAUGCAGAUCCUGAGGACGUUUGCGCUGGCUUGGGUGGGCAAUCUGCUUGGCGCCUUGCUCUUCGCUGGCUUUGUCACGGCCUGUAACAUGAAUGUGGGCCUGACUGCCAAGCUUGCUAUCAGGGUGGCGGAGAAGAAGAUCAAGGAGGACUUCCUGAUCACCUUCCUCAAAGGAAUCGGCUGCAACUGGCUGGUGUGCAUGGCUGUGUUCCUGCAGGGCCAGGCGCAGGACAUGGCUGGCAAGAUGGUGGGCAUCUGGUUCCCCAUCUCUUGCUUCGUGGCCAUCGGCUUCGAGCAUAUCCCAGCCAACAUGUUCAUGAUCCCCAUGGGGAUGAUGGCCGGCGCAGACGUGUCCGUGCUGGACUGUCUCUGGAGGAAUUUCAUCCCGGUGACCCUCGGGAACAUCUUCGCAGGGUCCAUCAUCGUGGGCGGUGGCUACUCUUUCGCCUUCGGCCGGCUGGGCAGCUCGCCGAUCUUCAACAUGUCCACGAAGGAGCAAGGCUCGCCGAAGGAUCAGCAGGCCACGAGCGCUGCGCCCGCGAUUCCUCCUGAGGCUCAGGGCCCUUGA